AUGUUUGAACUAUCCUUAACUCGUACUUUCCAUGCGGACGGCCCUUCUGAUUCUAUUCUUAACCUUUUCCCAUACAAAUUGUUCUUGAUAUCCCAGGUUGUGAAGCAGCGCUCCGGCUGCCUGUGCUGCUGCCCCUCGCUCCUCCUCCUCUCUCUCGGCCUUCUCGCCGGCGCGGCCAUCACAGUCGGCAUCUCGCUACUAUUCCCGUGGCGCGCCGUGUCUUUAAUUACCUCGUAUGCGAGCACGGACACGCUUGUCAAGUCGCAGGGAGCGCUGUCGUUCUUAGUGGUGGGGGACUGGGGUCGCAAUGGCGACUACAACCAAUCGCUCGUGGCAGAGGCGAUGGGGCGAGUGGCAGGGGAGAUCAGUUCCAGCUUUAUGGGGCGAGUGGCUGGGCAGAUCAGUUCCAGCUUUGUGAUUUCAACGGGGGACAACUUCUAUGAGGACGGGCUGACAGACAGCAGCGACCCGCAGUUCACCUCCUCCUUCUCCGAGAUCUACCAGGCCCCCAGCCUUCGCACGCAGUGGUAUGCCGGUAUGUGA